AUGAACCCUGACUGUGACAACAUGGAGACAAGCAACAUUCCGCACUCUGAGGGUUCACAGGAACGAGUCCCUCCAGAAGAUACUCUCCAUGAGUGCGACUCACAGGGGACAGGCAAAGACCUCUUGAUUCGUGGAGCGAAAAAGCCAGACAGGUGCAAGGAAUGGGACAUGUUUGACAAGAAUUGUCAAAGGACUCAAGCUGGUACGAAGCCACCGGAAUACAGCAAGUGUGGCAAAACCUUUCUUGAGGGGGCAGGUGUCACACAACACUGCAGCAGCCACACCAGGGAAAAGCCCUAUGAGUGCAUUGAGUGCGGGAAGGCCUUCAGCCGCAAGUCCCACCUCACAGAGCACCAGCGGAUUCACAGUGGUGUGAAGCCCUAUGAGUGUGACGAGUGCAGGAGGUCCUUCACCCGCCGGUCCCAUCUCACGGACCACCAGCGAACCCACACUGGGGAGAAGCCCUACGUGUGCAAUGAGUGCAGGAAGGCCUUCAGCCACCAGUCUGAUUUCAUUCGGCACAGCAGGACCCACACUGGAGAGAAACCCUUUGAGUGCAGAGAGUGUGGGAAAGCCUUCUGCGACAGCUCUUCCCUCAGCCGACACAGGACAGCCCACUCGCAGGUGAAGUCCUACCAGUGCAGUGAAUGCGGGAAGUCCUUCAGCUACAGCUCAUCCCUCAGCACCCACCGGAAGAUUCAUGGUGGGGUGAAGCCCUAUGAGUGUAUGCAAUGUGGGAAGGCCUUUCACCAGAAGGCAGACCUGGGUCGGCAUCAGAGAAUUCACGUCGGGAAAAGACCUUUUUAA